CUUUUCUCAUAAAAUUUACCAUUAAAUUGAUCAAUUCUCAUCUGAUCGAUUGUCACUUAUUCGUGUUUUCUAUUGUGAUUUUUUGCUCUCUUUGUUAACCUUAUUUAGUGGUUAUUGUCAGUAACCGUUGGUUUUAAAAAAUCAUUAUAAAUUACACUUACUAGAAGUACAUUGAUCAUCAUCUUGUUUUGUUCUUCCUUUUCUUGUUGAAAAUAAGCCCUCAUCUAUCAUCUUUUACCAUGUCUUACAAGGGAAGCUCCAAAUUGAAAAAGAAACAUCUUAAAGUUAAACAUCAGAAAGCCAAAGUGUUCAGAGCCUCUGAACCUCUUCUCUCCGUUUUUAUGUGGGGAAUUAACCAUACUAUCAAUGAGUUAACACAUGUUAAUAUACCUGUCAUGUUGAUGCCCGAUGACUUCAAGGCAUACACCAAAAUACGAGUUGAUAAUCAUCUUUUCAAUAAAGAGAAUAUGCCGUCUCAUUUUAAAUUCAAAGAAUAUUGUCCCUUAGUAUUCAGAAAUCUAAGAGAAAGGUUCUGUAUAAGUGACACGGAAUAUCUUAGAAGUCUUACUAAAUGUCAACCUGAAGCGUUUGGUGAAUCUUCUGGUCGUUCUGGGGCUCGAUUCUAUGGAUCAUAUGAUAACUUUCUUCUUCUUAAAACCCUUACUUCGGAGGAAGUUGAGCAAAUGCACUCAUUUCUCAAAUCAUACCAUCCAUAUGUUGUUGAAAGACAUGGCAAAACUUUAUUGCCCCAAUAUCUAGGGAUGUACAGGAUAACAGUUGAAGCAACGGAAACGUAUGUUGUUGUGAUUAGAAACAUACUCUCAGCGCCAAUACCUAUACACAAAAAGUACGACUUAAAAGGCUCAACUGUUGAUCGGGAAGCAAGUGAAAAGGAAAGGGAAAAGCCAUUGCCAACAUUGAAAGAUAAUGACUUCGUUAAAGAUGCUAUCACUUUGCAAUUACCAUCUCAAGCGAAACAAAAUUUCCUUACAAUGUUAGAAGCUGAUACAAAAUUUCUUUCUGGUAUGAAUUUGAUGGACUACUCUUUGUGUCUUGGUAUCCACGAUUGUGACAAAUAUGAGCAAGAACUGGUCGAAUAUGCAGCAUCUGGAAAUGCAUGUAGUGAAGAAGAUGACGGUGAAUCAAGUGGAGGUAAUCAAGGUUCUCUCCCACCCAUACCUGGUUCUCCCUCUGCUUCUGGUACAGGAGAUUUACCUAUGGUACCAACACCCCCAGAUUCACCCAGACUUCAACACAAAAGCUCCAAUGCAAGUGAAAAUGAACUUUCCAACAAAGGUCCAAUCGAUCCUAAACGAGAUAUUUAUGCUAUUGAAAGUAAUCCAGAAAGUGGUAAAAAGGAAAUAUAUUUCAUGGGUCUUGUUGAUAUUCUGACUCAAUAUGGUUUGAGGAAAAGGACUGCACAAGCUGCAAAGAGUGUCAAACAUGGGACCUCCGCAGAAAUUUCAACCGUUCAUCCUGAUCAAUAUGGAAAACGUCUUUGUGAUUUUAUUUGUAAAUCCAUUGUAUAGACUAAUCAUCCUCAACUCUAAUCAUUCUUAUUUCUCAUUUCAUACCUUUCCUGCUCUUCUUGCCCUUCUGCCUUUUUCUUUGCCUUAGUCUUAUCAUUUCGCCAAAUUUUGAGUCAUUUUUCCAAUUGUACUGUUUUCUCUUCUCACCUUCUUUCAUGUUUCUUUCCACUCUUUAUUUUCCUGAUCUUUUUCUCUUCUCUCUCUCUCUCUCUACCCUUCAUUUUUCUGUUUAUUAUGCAUUCUUUCACUCCCUGUAUCUAUUGAUUGUUUCCUCUGUGACCACAAUUUUCUAUUCAGAGAGAAUACAUAACAAACAUAUACACACAAUAGGAAAGCUAGACAAUGGUAAAUCUCAGCCUUGAUAGCUUAUAUUACAUAUUGCUAAUCACAUAUGAAUGUCUCUUUCACUCCAUAUCUUUCUUUUUUGAUAGACAGAAUUUUGUUUAUUUGACUUUCACCUUCCUUUUUUUAUUGCUUCAUCUGAAUAAUUCUUUCGUCUUUUUUCUCAGAGAAAGAUAGAAAUUAAGGAACUUUAGAUUGAAUGAAAAUGAGGAGAAGCGAGAAGAUCACAGCAACCCAAACAUUCACCAUGCGUAGUCAUGAAUGGCAAAGUCAUUAAAUUCAAUUCGACUUUUUUUUUCUCUCUCUCUUUCUGUUUCCAAGUACUUCUGAUAAAUUUUAUCCCUGAUCAGUAGUUUGAUAGUAUAAUAAUAAUUAUAUAAUUAUAUUAUUAUUAUUUUCAUCUUUAAAAAAUAAUAAACUGAUUCUAGUAACUUUCUUUCCAACCUCGUUAAUCCAAUUCAACGUAUUAAUAUUAGAUUGUAUCAAAAGAAACAAAAUUGUAAGCUGAUAAAAAUGAAUCUCAUUUGUAUUAAGCUGAAUAAUCGACUUCCUAGCUGCAAAUUACUAAAACGUUCAAAUCAAUUGAUGGGGUAACAAGCAAUGCAACAAAUCAAUUUGAACAUCAACAAUCAACAAUAAUCAUCUUGAUUCAAAGUAAACUCGAAAAAAUCAAGAAAAUCAUUGCAGAUUAAUAAUAAGCUAGUCAUUAAACUAAAUAAUCUUUUAUCCUUUUUCUUGGAUAACAAUCUGUAACCUUUAUAUAAUCUAAAUAAUCUGUAAUUGUUGGAUGAAAGUUUUGAAAGCAGCCAAGCUACCUACAUAUUUGAUUAUAAUAAUCAUUCAAUGGACACCAUAUAUUGUUCAAGUAACAAUUUACAUGUAAAAUGUUUGUUUGCAAUUUCAGGUUUUUUUUGUCAAAUCACUGGUAAUUUAAUAAAUGUUUUUUUGCUAUUG